AUGAACUGUUGUUUGUUUUUCUUUUUGUCUCCGUUUCUCUUUAUCCAAAUUGCUAGUAUCAAAUGUACAGAUGGACUUCACAAUGUCAUCAGUUUGCACACUUUGCCUACAGGUAACACCCUUUAACAUGAAUAUAAGAAAUGGCUUUAAAUUACACUAAAAAAUAAUUUUUAAUCUUUGCUUGAAGUUUCGAAAUUAUAAAAUGUCAUUAUAAAUUUAAAACACAAUUUUUAUAAGAGUCGAGCCCCCCCCUGUCGACACCAAAAUUUUUUUUGCUUCGAUUUGGCUCAAACUUGCACCAAUGUGUACUAAGGGACUCAUAAACACUUUAAACCCAAAAUUUUUUUCCAAAGUUACAGUAGUCAGGUAUACUGUAACUGGUCUAUGAUUUCUAUAUCUCAAGAACUAAUGGUGCUAGAAACGUAAACUGUUUUUUAAAAUGUAGAGCAUAUAAUAUGAUGUUACGUUGCAGUUUACACCAAGUUCCUAGGUAGUGUGCAAAUAUUUUUAAAAAUUAAAUUUUUGGUGACAAUUACAGUAAUCCAAAAAUAUUUCGAAAUAAAAGCACUCAUUACGCACUGUUUUAUUUGGGAUUAUUAAACUACAUUUUCUUGCGGUUCGAACGCACCUACAAACAUGGAAAAAACUGUGUAUACGUGGUGCAAAAGUGCAUUUGAAGUUUGCAUACCCAAAAAAUUUUUUUUUCAAAAUUUUUUUAUACUUGUACCUUAGUACACAUUGGUGCACUUAAUAACGUGUUAGUUAAAGCGUAGUCAUGUUUAAGAACCUUUUUAGGUUGCUAGUAAUGUUAUUCGACAUUCUCAUUGGUAUUAAAAUGCGAUUUCUGUGACCGUGAAGCAAGGUGUGCACUAGAAAUUUACCCCAUAUUUUUAUUAGAUAAAUCGAUAAGAUAGGUUGUUCUAAAACAGAUGUUAAAGCGCUUUUGGCCAAAAUCCCGUUUUGGCACUUUUGUUUCAUUUUUUGUCAAAGUAAAUUAAAAAUUUUUUAAACCAUUAUUUCUUGAGAUAUAGAAAUCAUAGGCCAGUUACAGUAUACCUGACUACUGUAACUUUGAUUAAAAACUUUGAAUUUAAAGUGUUUAUGAGUACCUUAGUACACAUUGGUGCAAGUUUGAGCCAAAUCGAAGCAAAAAAAAAUUGGUGUCGACAGGGGGUCUAGCCACUGCUCGAGUCUUACAAAAAAUGUGUUUUAAGCGGAUUCUGUUAUCCAAGUGAACGAUCUCAAAGUGGCAACUUAUGACAAGAUGAGAAUCCCAAGUUGUAAAAACGGCAAGCCUGAGCUUUCCUUUCCUGGCUUUUUGAAGAUAAUUGACGGAGAGAUUACGGUAAAAGAUGACAUUACUAUUGACUUCCCUAUAUUGUCAUUGUCGGCCGAACAUAACUCUUUCUUUAUUGGGGAAGUCUGUAAAGAUGGUAAAAGUGAGAACCCUUUCGUUGACGAUGAAUAUUGGUAUGUAGUUUAA